CAAUUUGCCAGGUUUUAAUCUUGCGCCUGAGUCCGCCCUCGGUUUUUUUCAUGCUCUCAACUGCCUUGUCCUCGACGCGUCCGUCCGCAGCACGAAGCUGACCGCUGGAGAUCUUAAUCAAUCCCGCCCUCCUUCCCCGGGACUUCCAUUCUUCAUCCGCGCGCAUUCGACGGCCGUGGCCUUUUCAAGCAUCGCCGCGCCGCAACCCCAAAACAGCGGACCCUCCUGUCCAGCUAGCCACAAGCAGCGCACCGCCUUGGCUGACCCCCUUUCAAACCUGUCCCUUUGCAUCUCUGUCCUUCGACGAGGACACCAUAAUCUCUCCAGCGCCUGCGCUUUAACACGUCAAACAGUCGUCCAAGAUGUCGGACAAGAAGAACGAGGACUUCGUCGUCAAUAUGCCUGCUCAGAGCAGCGUCGAGAAGGAGCCUUUCCUGGCAAGGUCGCCCAUCUCGAACCGGGCACGCUCCAGCGGGGGCGGCGCUGGCGGCGCCUUGGGACUGUCGAAGAUCGAUAAUAGCCCGGGUGUCUCCAUUCUGGCCUACUGCCUCUCCUCCAUCAGCAUGACGGUGGUGAACAAAUAUGUCGUUUCAGGCUCUUCGUGGAACCUGAACUUCUUCUACCUCGCUGUGCAGGCUAUUGUAUGUAUCGCGGCUAUCAUGGUCUGCAAGCAAGCAGGGCUCAUCACAAACCUGGCCCCCUAUGACCAGACCAAGGCAAAGAGAUGGUUCCCCAUCUCGAUUCUCCUCGUAGGCAUGAUCUACACGAGCACCAAGGCUCUCCAGUUCCUCUCGGUUCCGGUCUACACCAUCUUUAAGAACCUCACCAUCAUUGCCAUUGCGUACGGAGAGGUUCUCUGGUUUGGCGGCCGUGUCACCCCUCUCGCGCUGCUCUCCUUCGGUCUCAUCGUCCUCAGCUCCGUUGUCGCUGCCUGGGCCGAUAUCCAGAGCGCCAUUUCUGGCGCCCCGCAUCCGGGACAUGCCUCUGCUGCCAUUUCCACCCUCAAUGCGGGCUACGCAUGGAUGGGCAUGAACGUUUUCUGCAGCGCCGCCUACCUCCUGACCAUGCGCAAGGUCAUCCACAAGAUGAACUUCAAGGACUGGGACUCCAUGUUCUACAACAACCUCCUUACCAUUCCCGUCCUCGUCGUCUGCUCACUGAUUGCUGAGGACUGGUCUGGCGCCAACCUGGCCAGGAACUUUCCCAUCGAGACCCGCAACACGCUCUUCAUCGGCAUGAUCUACUCGGGCCUCGCCGCCAUCUUCAUCUCGUACUGUUCGGCGUGGUGUAUCCGUGUGACGACCUCAACGACUUACUCCAUGGUUGGCGCCCUCAACAAGCUGCCCAUCGCCAUCAGCGGUCUCGUCUUCUUCGAUGCCCCCGUCACCUUCGGCUCCGUCUCGGCCAUUGUGCUUGGUUUCAUCAGCGGUAUCGUCUACGCCUGGGCCAAGGCUCGUCAGUCCCAGCAGGCAAAGAGCGCUCUGCCGACCCAGCAGCCUGUUAUGAGCGCCAGUGCCCAGAGCAACAAGGAUGCGAACUCUUAAGAGGCCACAAUCUCUCGGCAGAGUGUCGGGAUUAUCCGCCUGGUAUCCGGCGUCGUCUCUUGCACGGGUGCGUUGGAGGGAGAAGUACCAGCACUGUUCGCUUGGUUUCCUCCCUCUUUACUCAUGCACCCUCAGCAGAAGCUAGAUCCGAUGCUGCGUUGGGUAUUAUUCCUUUUGUCCGUCCUGCACUUCGCAUUGUCUUCAUUUCCCCCUUCAUGUACAUCCGUUUUUGUUCCCCUCUGGCCUUUUAAUCACAUUUUUUUUUUGGCAUAGACUUGACUGGCAUGCAUUUGGUUGGCUUGCGGCUGCGGUUGGACGGAAUCACUUGGGAUGGAUGGCCUGGCGGUUCUGGUCAAAACCAACUGCUGGACAAGCCGGCUAGGUUUAUGGUAUUGUCCAGAUUUGUUCAACGAAGGAGGGAGAAACAGCAUACCAAGAAGAAACUAAAACAGCAGAGCGAAGACACGAGCAACUGAUUUGGCGUUUUUGGGGCGAUGGGAUCGAUCUGGGGGUGUUGUUUUUCUGGUUAGGUCUGCAGCUAGACGAUGCACCUAAGUAAGCUACGAGAUGAUGAGGUCCAAGUACAGAUAGUCGAGCAGUCAACUGCCGAGGUCACCGCCUAUAGAAGAAACAUAAUUUUCCGACAUGUAAAAAGGUCUGCAGUUGCAUUUACAGCAUCCUGUAGGUUGUUCUAUGGUCAGGCGGCUGGGGCUGCUGGCGAACCCCACAUGCUU